AUGCCAGUAGGCUACGAUGAACCUAACAUGAGCGACGCAACACUGCUUGUCAGCGUUGAGGACCUCAUCCACAGAGCACUCGGCUCUCCUGAUGUGAAUACGGUAAAUUUCAAAUUGGUUCAAAUGAUCCUUCACAUCUUAGCGAGACAGCAACGUAUGCUAGAACAAAAAGUAGAGAUAAGAGGCGCAGAUAUAAAAGCACCUCAAACAAAAGCUAAAAAGGACCGCCGUCAAGAUUCACCGGACAGUUCAUCCUCUAAAAGUCCUCGGUCUCCUGUCAAAGGUCGCAUGCCUGGAAUUAAGGAAGAACGAAACGUUAAGAAAGAUAAAAAAGGUAUAGAAGAUAAAGGAAAAAAACUGCAAAAAGAUGAAAAAGGUCAACAAAAAGAAAAAGAUAAAAUGCAAAAGGAAUUAGCAAAAGCUGAAAAGGAAAAUGAGAAGUUAGAUAAAGCGACAAAGAAGGAUAAAGAACGAGACGAAAAACAAAAGAAGCAAGCAGAGAUGGACGAAGGGAAGAAAAUGCGGGAAAAAGUUGAAUUCGCCGAGGGGCGGGGCGUUGACCUUGAAGGGCAGAGCGACCACGUAUCGCCCUGCGUAAUCGCGCACGUAACCAUACCCCUGGACAUCAAUGGUUCCGUAUCUCCUAUGCCUAAUACUGAAGCUCAAAGGGACGAUGAAAAGGUUCUCGUAGACGGACGUCGCCCAAGUAUAGACAUUGUGACUCAAUCACAGUUUGCCCUGCUGGAGGUGACAGUGAAAGAUUUAAAGAAAGUAGCUCUUCCUAAACCGUUGGUGCUCCCUGAUAAUGAGAAGUUAAAAAGUGAUCUAGCGAAAGGAUAUGCAACGCUACCAGACACUAUGCAGGCUAUGCAGGUCACAGCUCGUCUAAAAGCAGCAGAAGAUGCCAUUAAUCGUAUGGCAGGACUAUUGACCCAGCUCGCUGCAGCUGGUGAGCUACCAGGAGAUAUCGCUGAAAAGGUUGAGGAAGUGAAAAUUGAACCACUCAAAGAACCGGAACCUAUGGAAGCAGCAAAACCAGUGACGUCAGCGAAGUCAGUAGUUUCAAGAAAGUCAGUUGCUAUUGACCCGAAAGCGUCUCAGGCAGACGCGAGGCCAAGAUCACACUCUGCUCCAGGAACACCUCGGGCAUCACACGCGACCAGCAAACAGUCUAUACUUUCAAAAUAUUCUACUUUGUCCAUGUCUGGAGUCACGCACGAUGAGCUAAACGCUGCUUUGAGCGAGCUAAGAGAGGAACUGUUGAAAAACUUAAACAACAUGACGACCAGAGCGACAACGGCAGCUGAUAAUGCUCUACAUACAGCUAUGACUUUAGCGGAAAAGUUAGAAAUUGCGGUGAAAUUGGACACUCGCAUAUCAGUACUCUACUCCGUGGUAGCAGAUUACUCGGAACAGUUGAGCGGGUUUGAUUCAGGAUUGAGUACUCAGAUGCAAAGUUUCCAAGACCAAAUGAACCAGAUACGAGCGGAUCUCAAGAGUGGUCUGACGCAAUUAGAAAAUGUUAAUAAUAAUGCUGAAACUGCGGCUGUGAUGGAGCUAACGGAGCGCUAUCAAGACCUAGUGACGGAUCUGGAAGCGACACUUCACGCGCACAAGACUCUCAGCACACAGAACACAAGUUUAGGAGGAGAUAUGCAUAGUUUAGUGGAAUGCGUGGAGAUGUUACGGGAACAGAAGUCUGAUCGAGAUGAGGUUUUGGACGGACUCAGGGAUAAGGCGGACACCACCCGGCUAGCGGGCUUACUCACCGAAGUAGAGUUCGCGGAGGCUCGCGCGGACUUCGAGCGACGCAUCGCUCUCUGUCAUGAUAAGUUCAACAGACAGGAGGCUGUGUGGAUGGCGGCGAUAAAAGAUCUCACAAAGAUAACAGAUAACAAAGCGGAGUUAGUUGAUCUACUGUCCGCUCGCGACGAGGCUGAGAAGUAUCUCCAACUUCUGGACGAGAAGAUACAAGUGCUGGCUGCAGUGCUAGGAGAGCCUAAGGCGGCGUUGCUAAGGCGGCAGUUGGCGGUGGGCGCCGUCUGUGCAGCGUGCGGGGCGGCCGCCAGCAUGGAGGCGCGCGAGGCCGCGGCCGGCGCGCCGCCGCCGCUGCCCGCCCUGCGCCCGCCCGCAGACCAGCCCUCACUGCCUUGCAUCGCGGACUGGGUAGCACCACAGCCGGAGGAGAAGAGGCACAUUUGUCAUCGCUGGUGUGGCGGCUCUCACACUCGUAUAACUGAGGCUACGACUAAGGAACGCGCCCCUCCUGCUGCGUUGGAAACUGUCGCCACAAGGAAAUAUACGGGCUACGGUGACGAUGGACGGUUGUACAUGAUGGAAGAGAAAUUAGAACCGUGUCUUGAGUGUAAUCAAUUGAGCUCAGACAUGCAGCCGGCUCAAGAGCUCGGCGCAGACUGCGGCGCCGGGGACUCCCCGUCUCCCCACUCUAAUACACCGAUGCAGUAGUUUUGAUAAUUUACAUGACUCUUGAGAUUUUUUAUAAUUAUGUAAUGUUCUUUGUUAUUUGAAAUAAUGAUUUUUCUAUCAAAUAAAAAUAAACUGUUUAAAUU